AUGCAGGACAACAUGGAUGUUAAAAAUGUAUUUAAAACCCAGGAGAAUAUUCCCUGCCUAAGGGAUGUGUCAGAGAAUGGUGAUGACCUAAUUAAUUUUAACAGUAUGGUCAGUGUCACUGCUGGAAAAGCAGAGAAAUGCGGCAGCAGACAGGUGUGUUCCCACCCUACAAACGCCGUCGCUUAUCACACAGACAACUGUUGCCUUAACACGGAAGACUCUGUAUCUGGUCAGUCUCUGGCAGAUGUCCAGGCAUGUAAAGAGGCUGGGCUUGGCAGACUUGUAACUACCAACACCCUGCUCAGUGAGCAGGCAGAUACUCUUGUAAUAAAUCACAAUUAUCUCGUAAAAGGUGAUUCUGAAAAUUCUGCCGCUGUUCUGGAGAUUUAUGCAGAGAAAAUUCCAAGUGUAAGUGAUGACUUUCCUGGUGAUGAUGACCUAGAGUAUUUUGAAUGUUUGGAUGUGCAGACAGUGCAUGAAAAUGAAAUCUGGAAAAAGAAAUUACAGUUUUUAUUAGAAAGUGAUGAUGAAGAUGAUUUAAAACUGAGUAAGGAUUGUGACGGGUGUGCUUACUUCCUCAGUGAAAUGCCUUGCCUGUUCCAAGUGUCAGAUAACACUACGCCUAUGGAUACCACCAUUGGCUUCUGUGGGCAUCACUCAAAAUUCAAAGGAGUAAAUGUAAGGAGAGACCCCUCUAUGUACAGCCAGUCAACUCUGCAGACAGAGAUGACUCUCGCUGUUGGGCACCACCGAGAUAGAAGUACCAGUUUGAAAGACAAAGAAGAGUGUAAAGUGCCUGUAGCAUCUGCAGCCAUUGAAAAUGACCACCACAGCACUGAAGAAGAAAAUAAUGGACGUGGCCACUCAGCUGCAAGUUUCUCAACUGACAAAUCCAAGAACAAGGAUAAUAUAUGUACCAAGGCGGACUUCUCCACUAGUGGCAUAAGUGCUGCUUUGACAAAUCAGGCUUCAGAGAUGAUGACGGAAAACAGCACGGACAAAGACUUGCUGGGUGAAAACUCAUUGCUGCUAGAGGAGAGGGCAAGAAAUUUGCCAGAGGAAAAUGCAAGGCAUGCUGUCUGUACCUUAACAGAAAGUCUUACAAGAAACCUUUUAAAGUUGUUAAACCCUAAAGAGCUUUGCAAAUACGCAAGUAAUAUAGGACAGUCUUUCCAGACUGCAGCAGAGGUUGGGGAAUCCAGUGCUCUGUUUCCCAGACAGGAAGGUGUCAUUUCAACACAAAUCUCUGAGGAGACGGAAAGCUUGCAAAUGCAGGCUGGUUUGUGUCACGCAGAAGAGGCGGAUAAAGACUGUCACUGGGAAAGGAAAAGGACUUGGGGCCUCUCUGAGCAAAAUCAGAUGCCAAAUGAAAACCUCUCACCCAGGGAUCAAGAUGCUAAUCUUAAAAUCUUUACCCAGCAUUGUGAGCGACUGGGUGUGGAGCCUGAAAUAGAAAAGGAAGGCAUCUUCAUGACUUGUGAGAGUGCAGGAACCAUCCAUCCAGCUUCAGAAGUGCUCUGUACUGAAAAGACAUUACAGGUGAAAAAUGAAAAUUUACAGACUUCUUCUCAACACCAUGGUCUUUAUGAUAAGAGAGGAAGUUGUCACCAACAAGUCUUCUGUGGACAAGGGAUUAAUAUUAUUAGUAAUGGCAGCAAAUCAAAGAGUGACGUUUCACCUUUUCCUUUAUGGGAUACGGACUCUGUUCCUGAUAAACAAGAACGUUUAUGUGCUGUUCUCUCUUCUGCAAAGCUGUGUGAUGAGCCAAGGGAGGGAGAGCUAAGGUGUAGUUUGGACUCACACAGUAGCAAUGACACAGACGUUCUCUGCCAUCCGUCAUGUGGUGAAUCUCUGUUGGAAGCUAAUUCCAAGUCAGUCCUGGAAUCCGGAGGACCUGGGUGCAAAGGAGAUGCUGAUCUAUCUGCAGUGCAUGACAACCUGUGGAAACUUCUUCAUGAAGAUGACUCAGACUACCAAAUCCCAUUUGAAAGGUGGGGGGUCACAAGUUUAGAAAUUAGGCCGAGAAAGAUCAAAGUCACUGAACUGAACUUUGCACAGGAGACCUGUUCUGAUCAUCCUUUGCCAAGAAAUGUGACAGAAGAGCAGGAACCUCUUACGCAGCCAGCUAGGAGCCAAAGGACAGAGAAAAAAGGCUGCAAUGUUUCUGCUAGCCUCCUUGAAACAGAUGAAGCAUGUAACAGUGCAUCCACAGGAAACAUUUGUCUUACACAAGUGGGAGAAACAGAUGGUAUGUCUCUAGAUGCUGGCAUUGGAAAUAAAAUGGAAACACCGUCCAUUUGUGUUUCAACAAAUAGUAUCGUCUUAAAUACAGGGGAGCGCUUGGAGCAGAAACCAAAUCAAACUUCAACUGACAGGAAUGGAUCCAUUCAAAUGACUGUUGCUUGGGAAGGAAAGCUUGCCACUAAUAACGCUUCCCAGACAUGUGAGGCAGAUUCUCCUCAAAGACUGAAAGAUGGUCAGAGUAGUCAUUUAGCGUGUGACAAAGAAGACCCAGCUUACACGUCAGAAAAGUCGCAUGGGACAACUGGACAAUUCCUUCAUACUAAGCACAACAUAUCUGUGAUAAAUGAGUCUGUAACUGGCAGAGGGUGUCAUUCAAGAGGCUGUUAUCCAGCAAGAAAAGAACUGGCUUACUUCUCCAAAGAGAAAGACAUUUUCCCCAGUCAAAAUACCAGUCCGUUUAUACAUGAAGAACACUCUUCUCUUAACACCAUACACAAAAGUUAUGAAGAGAAUUUACAAGAAAAAAGAAAUCACUCAGACCUGAAUGCACAAACUGACACUAAUUCUGACAGUUACCAUCUUUCAAAAAAUAAUGACUGUCAAGAUUUUCAAGUUGCUUCUAAUGCACAGAAAUACGGUUACCUAACGCAAUUGCCUAAUUUAAUUAAGACUCCCGAAACCACAAUACGUAAGAAUCUACCCCAAAAUACAGACCAACUGACAAAAAUAGAAAAGCAAGAAGUGGCAUUCACUCCCUCUUCUGAGGAUCCAUUUUUAACAGAUUUUUAUGUAGAAGGGCCCAGAUGUGAAUCAGGUAAAACAGAAGAACAGAGAGAGGUUUGCAUAGGUGGUGAACAAAGGGAUGAAACUUCCUGUGACUCAGGAGUUAGUCAUGUUCCAGAGAGUCAGACUGCAGUUUCCCCUCAUAAUACAUCAGAACAACGCAUAUUUUUUGUUGACAGCACCACCAAGUCUGAUGAGUUAAAAACAGAUUCUUCAAAAAAUCACACAUAUUCAUCUGGAAGUGUAACAUCAGUUAGCACCCCAGUGCCUAGCAAGGCUCAAGGUGAGUACCACAGCAUAGCAAACGGGGGUUAUAAAGAUACCCAGAACCAGUCAGAUAGCCAGCAACGGGCUGUGAAGGAAACACUGCCAUUCCUCACACCUGCAAGCCAGUCAGAGGACUUUCUUACCAGUGUGUCGGCAAUGGGAUGUCCUGGCACAGGGAGUACAUCCACACAACCUGCAGUCAAAGCAGAUGAAAAUCGGAGUACACCGGAACCUUUCUGCGGAGCAUUGCAGGAUCAGUUCCUCAGAGUCCCUGAAGAAAACAAGCAAGAGAUUCCAAGAGCUAUUGAACAUAACCCAAAUGAAGCUGAAACACAGCCUCCUGUGCACACCUCAGUUAGCUCCCAGGCUCAGAGACAGUUCAUGAACGUUAGCACUCAGCAGUCCUGUCCUGACUUGAUCUCUCCCAGCAAGCUAACUGUGGCUGAUAAUUCAAUUAAGACUACUGAGUACGAUAAAGAUGAAGCAGUCAUGACAUCAGGGAGCACAGUCAGUGGUUUAGUUAAUUUACCACCAGUUGAUUCAGGGAACAACCAGUAUGUUCAAGAGCAACCGCCCUACAGCAGAGCUCAGCCGUUCUCUGUAGUGUUGACUCCCUCUGAGCCGUUCCCAGUCAAUGUGAAAAGGCUGAGAAACCAAGAAGCGUCAAAAUCCUACCGGACGUUACCAACUGCUGCUGAGCCUGAGCCUAUCAGAUGUAAACAGGACACAGCAAAGAGUGGGCAUUUAGCUUCUGGAGCUAAGAAGAAAUUACCACCAGCAACACUGUCAAAAAAACCCCGACUAGAGGAGAGAGGAAAGGUCAGCAAGGAUCCUGGCUGUGUUAAAAAGCCUGUGAAGAGUGAGGCAGGUGUAAUUCAUAAAGAAGAUAGAAAAGAGCAAAGGAAACUAAUUUUGAAAAAGGAUAGCAAAGCUCCCAAGCUGCUGAAGAAAAUCCAAGCAGAGUUGUUCCCUGACUGCUCUGGAAAUAUUAAGCUAUGCUGUCAAUUUGGUGACAUUCAUGGUGACUCCACCGUUACAUGGACUAAAGAUUCCAAGUUACUAGCUCGACUGCAGAGAAGUGCACAGGACGACUCUCCUGUCUCUUUGGCAAUAGCUAAAGCCAGUAACAAAGACCAGGGAAUGUAUUAUUGCUGCUUGAGUAACGUGUAUGGAAAGGUGACUGCUGAGUUUAAUCUGACUUCUGAAGUAUUGGAAUGUCUCUCAAGUUUUCAGAAUUGCAAAGGUGUGGAAGAAAUUGAAUUCAUGCAGCUCAUGUUCAGAGAAGAUUUCAUCAGUGACAGCUAUUUUGGUGGGAACCUGCACGGAAUAAUAGCUACAGAAGAGCUUCACUUUGGUGAAGGCAUGCACCGGAAAGCCUUCCGAAGCAAAGUGAUGCAGGGCCUCGUGCCGGUGUUCAGCCCUGGCCACCCCUGCGUUCUCAAAGUGCACAACGCGAUCACGUAUGGGACCAAGAGUAAGGAUGAUCUGGUUCAAAAGAACUACAGACUAGCACUGCAGGAAUGCUAUGUCCAAAAUACUGCAAGAGAGUAUGCGAAGAUAUAUGCAGCUGAAGCUGAACCUUUGGAAGGCUUUGGGGAAGUACCAGAGAUCAUUCCUAUUUUUCUUGUUCAUCGUCCUGCUAAUAACAUCCCCUACGCGACCGUGGAGGAGGAGCUGGUUGGGGAAUUUGUGAAAUACUCUGUCAGGGAUGGCAAGGAAGUAAAUUUCCUGCGCAGGGACUCAGAAGCUGGCCAGAAGUGUUGCACCUUCCAGCACUGGCUGUAUGAGAAGACCAAUGGGAGCUUGCUUGUCACUGACCUGCAAGGUGUAGGAAUGAAGUUAACUGACGUUGGCAUAGCAACAGUGGCCAAAGGGUGA